CCUACUUUUCAUACUAUGGCUGCAAUGAACUUGAUCUCUGAGCUGAAGCCCUUCAAGAACAUGUGGAAGGUUCAAGUCAAGAUUGUCCGCCUUUGGAAACAAUAUUCUGCGGCGGGUGGCGAGACAAUCGAAAUGGUGUUUGUUGAUGCGAGAGGGGACAAGAUUGCUGGAACUGUGAAAAAGGAACUGGUGGGGAGAUUCGAUCCUGUGCUGCAGGAGGGUGAGACGAAAGUUCUCAUCAAUUUUACGGUUACCCAUUCCAAUGGUUCUUAUCGAACCACCAAUCAUCCAUUCAAGAUCGUGUUCCUUCCUACGACCCGUGUACGUAUUUGUGAGGAGUUUCCUCACAACUUAACUGGUUUGAAUCCAGUUAACUUUCGUGAUGUACUCAGUGGUGUACUCGAUGAUAGUCUCUUGGUUGAUGUUAUCGGCCAGAUUGUUGAAGUUACGCAAAUGGAAAUAGUGCCUGUGAAUGGAAAAGACACACAGAAGAUUACUGUUGAACUACAAAAUGAAAAUGAUGACCGUCUCCCAUUGGUUUUAUGGGGAAAGUUUGCUGAUGAUGUUAGCAAUGCAAUUCAGUUGCGCAAUGAGGAGUCCAUUGUUUGUGUGUUGCGAUUUGGAAAGAUAAAAGUCUGGAAAGAGUACCGCAGUAUCUCAAAUGCCUAUAAUGUCUCUACUGUGGCGUUAAAUCCACAAAUGGAGGAGGUCGAGGCAUUCCGGAGUUUUUUACCAAAAGAUGAUUUGGCUUUAGCCAUUGUUGAGUCCAAAUCAUCAACAGUGGUGCCCAGUGUUAAGGAAAAGGAAGACUUCUUUUUUCAUACACCUAGGAAAACUAUUUCCCAGGUUUUGGAAGCCAAACAGGUGGGGAAGUGUAUUGUAAUGGCUUCAAUUGCGGCCAUUGAUUCUGACAUGGGUUGGUACUACCUAAGUUGCAAGGUGUGUGCGAAGAAGGUGUUGACAGUGCCAAAUGACAUUGAAGAUGGCGAGGAGGAUAUUGUUGAUGGUCAUAAUUAUUACUGUCUCAAAUGCAAAGAUAACCAUCCUCAACUGUUGCCUAGGUACAAGUUGCAUUUGGUGGUACUUGACAGUACCAAUAACACCAAGUUCUUGCUGUUCGAUAAUCUCGCCUUGCAACUACUGCAUAAACCAUGCGUAGAGCUAACUGGUCCCAUUACCGAUGAGAUCCAGGAUCCUGAAGUGUUGCCUCCUGUUUUACAAGAUUUAGUUGGGAAAACUUUUCUUUUCAAGAUUGGUAUUGAAAGGGAGAAUUAUUUAUAUAAGCAUCCCACUUUCAAAGUUCUCAAAAUCAUGACAAACAUUGGAUUGAUUAAUGAGUUCGACGCCAUUGGAUCACCAGCGGAAAGUCAGAACACAUUGGGAGGGACAUUUUCAGCUUUGUCUGAUGCACCAGAGGGGUCCUUGAUGUUACAUGGGGGUCAUCCCAGCAUGCCGAGUCUACUGAGCUGACACCUCCCAAGCGGGCUAGAACUCCCGUCAUUAACUUGGAGGAUGUGUUUGAUCAGACUUCUGUUACCAGGGGAGCGUGUAACAUCAAGAUCAAGAAGGAGAAGAUUGAAAAAAGUGGCUAAAAAGUGUGUUUGGAAAUUUAUGAGUAGAGGCUUCACCAUCUAUGACUUAAGUGCUUUGAAGUUGCUUUUCGUCUUUCAAUUUUUUUUUUAUUAUCUAUUAAUGUUUUCGUUGAGUUCUGUUUUUUGUUGUUUCAUUUUUAUAUUAAUAUGAAGCCUCUACGUUUUUUAUACUAUUAUUUUGUCAAUGUCUAUUUAUUCACGACUAUUCAGAAACAAUCAUAAAUCACA